CUUUCUUCUCGGGAUGUAACGGAGGAAUGGUCAUGCUUGUCUGUUCAGAAUUGAGAGAGAGAGAGAGAGAGAGAGAGAGAGAGAGAGAGAGAGAGAGGGAGAGAGAGUGUCACGGUCUCACAGAUACAGAGGCUUUGCUUGAUUAGCGAGGGAACAGUUUCGGGGAUUUUGUUUGUUCUUUUUCAUCUUUUUCUGCCGCAGAAUAGUAAUUGUGGAAACGAGAAGAUGUUCCUUCGAAGUUUGUUCUCUUCUUACAGGGGUCGUUGAGUUUUUUUAGUGUUGGCGACAUUGAAGCUCGAUUUUUAUUCUGGCGAGGGAAUCUGAUUUCUGUGGUUAGAUAAAGUUCCAAGCUUUGUUUCUUUUUUUAAUUUAAAUUUCUUUUUUGGGGGCAUUCUUGCUUGGAAAAAGGGGAAGAAUUUCUGAGGUUUCGGGAUAAGAAUCCACGGGCAAGUGAUUCUGUUCGUCUUCCUUGUGAAGAUUUCGAAGUUGGAUUCCUUUCAAGCUCCUUUCUUUUCUUCCUUCCUUCUCGUGUUUUCCCCAUCGGUUUUCUCGGGAAUAUUUUCGGGCCAAGGAGAGGAGCUUCACUGUAGUGUGAAAAAGAUGGCAAAUUUUUCUGGGUUUGAGCUCUGAAAACAGCUUCGGCUUGCUCUGGGUUUCUUCUUUCUCGUGGAAUUUGGUUGCAAUCUUUCCGAAAUUUCCCAUCUUUCUUCUCGGGUUCACAACAUUUUCUCGGAUUUUGCCCUAUCCUUAAAGCCCUAGUCCCUUUUUCGUCUCGAUGAUUUUGAUUUCUUCCUGGGUCCUGGAUGCAGAAAUGGAGCAGAGAAGAAGAAGGCACAACGCAAUCUCUCUCCUGUUUCUGAUGUUCUUGCUCUUCAGUUCCAAAACAAGCACAUGCACCAGCUGCCGUCCAAGAACAGUGAAACAUUACUUAUCCACGGCUCCACCAUCAUCGCCUCGGCCACCAGAUUCAAGAAUCACUCCCAAGAUUAUCAUAAUCAGCAUCUCAUCUGGGAUUGUGACAGGGCUUGUCUCUUCAUUGGCGUUUGCUCUUUUGGUCCGUUACUUCGUUAGAUACAUGAAACAGACACCCAUUCUCAGGGGUCCUGUGAUUUUCUCCCCCAAGAUUUCACCCAAAACCCUUCAGACAGCUCUGGUAAAUGACACCCAGUUGCUUGGCUCAAACCCUAAUGGCAAAUACUACAAGACGGUCCUCGACAAUGGUCUGGUUGUUGCAGUCAAGAGGCUUUGCCCACUUGAGAAUGGCUCGCCAGAAGGGUCAAGCAGCAAGUCGGUGAAGAGAAGAGUGCAGAAGGAGCUCGAGAUUCUUGCUGGGUUAAGACACAGGAAUCUCAUGAGUUUGAGGGCUUAUGUCCGAGAAUCAGAUGGGUUCUCCCUCGUUUACGAUUACGUCUCGAACGGUAGCCUUGAGGAUGUGAUGAACAGAGUGAGGGCGAACGAGUUGCAGCUCGAGUGGGAAAUUAGGCUUCGGAUUGCGGUCGGAAUCGUCAAGGGGCUUCAGUAUAUUCAUUUCAGUUGUGUUCCUCAGAUUCUGCAUCUGAACUUGAAGCCUACAAAUGUAAUGUUGGAUGCUGAGUUCGAGCCAAGGCUUUCCGACUGUGGAUUGGCCAAGAUCAUGCCGGAUUCAGACAGAACACAGUCCAUCUACUCAGCUCCGGAAUCUUUCCAAAACAACAGAUAUACAGAAAAAAGCGACGUAUUCAGCUUCGGGAUGAUAUUAGCGGUUCUCUUAACGGGGCGAGACCCGAACGAUCCUUUCUUUGGAGAAGUGGGAAACGGAGGAAGCCUCGGGAAAUGGCUGAAGCAUCUGCAGCAAGCGGGGGAAGGCCGGGAAGCAUUGGAUAAGAGAAUUCUCGUGGAGGAGACCGAGGAAGACGAGAUGUUGAUGGCGGUGAGGAUUUCCAUUAUCUGCCUCUCGGAUUUUCCGGCAGACCGGCCUUCAAGUGAUGAGCUCGUCCACAUGCUUACUCAACUCCAUAGCUUUUAGCAGUUGUAAUCUGGAAGUUCACAUCUCUGUAUUGGACAGUUUUAGCACAUGUUUAUAUUGUAUCUUUUUAUCAGUUA